CCUACUCUUUGUGGUUUUAGUUUAGAAGAAACCUUAAGAACAGUCUGACUCCAAACGCAGGAUGAGUGCAAAGGUCGAUACGUCUGCAUCGGGAACUGGUGGCCAAAAGGUCUCCAAGUUUGCUGCUAAGUCUGGAUUUGUUAUACCAAAAAACAAGUUAUCAGGUUCACUCGUGCCCAUCUUUCGGGGAGACAAAAAUGUUGGAGCCAGUGAUCAUGGUGGUGGAGAAAGUAAGAAACAGGUUCAGAGGAAAACGAAAUGGGGUGCUGAUCUGACUCAAGAUGCUUCUGUUAGAAAGGGAAGAGCAUUAGCUUAUCAGACUCGGGUGGAUCAAAUUACACAACAGCUGAAAUCUGGAAUAUCAGAGUUUGGAAACAAUGAGAACGUGCCAUCACCAUCUCAGGAUCCAGACCACAUAUCCUCUACAUAUCAAGUUGACAAGGAGGGUGCAGAACAAUUGGAACUGGAAAAGCGGGAAGCCAUAGGUGAAAUACUAAAGUUGAAUCCAAAUUACAAGGCUCCAGCUGAUUAUAAACCUUUGUUGAAAGAGGCAACAGUUCCUAUUCCUGUCAAUGAAUACCCAACAUACAAUAUUCUUGGUCUGAUAUAUGGGCCUGAAGGUGAUAAUCAGAAGCAAUUAGAGAAGGAAACAGGAGCUAAGAUUCAAGUCUAUGGUACCAAAGCAGAGACGGGAGAGAAGGCUGAAAUAAAACAAUAUGCUGGGAGUGAAAUCCAGGCUGAAUAUGAAAAGUUAUAUGUUCAUGUAUCAGCUGACACAUUUGAGAAAGUAGAUGCAGCUGUUGCUGUAAUCGAACUACUAGUCACCUCUGUAUCUGGAAAUCUGUCGGCUGUUGCCAAAACAGCUUUGGGUGAUAAUAAUGCUCAAGUUCCUAGUCAAGGCCAGGACAGUACCACCACAGAUAUGGUUCCAACUACUAUGGGAGACCAAGGACCGGUGCAACCAGCGACAGGACCUACACAAACUCCACCUCAUGUGCAGUUUCAGUACCCUGGUCCAUUUUUCUCCACGGGCCAACCUGGCAGUCCAAUGAAUCUACCGGGCUUCACACCAAUGAAUUCUCAAAGGCCUAUUCUCAACAAUGCUGCCCAUCCAUCAACAUCACCUUUCAACUCGACAAACCUGCCGUCAUUAUUUGGGCCUCCACCAGCUCUUUUUCCCCAGACACAACACCUACCACCAGCGGUUUUGCAGCAUACAUAUAUGCCUCAGACCAGUCCUGGUUCUCUUGGCGCACCAAGAAACUUCUCUAUGAUGGCUUCCCAGCCAUCAUCAGUUCAAACUCAUGUUUCAGCUCCAGUUACAUUCUUGGGAAAUCGACCCCCAACAGGCCAAAGUAAUCAUCCCCUUGAAUCAAUACCUGACUGGCAACUGACACCUGCUGGAAGCUCUGCUGGAUGGAGCAGACCACCGGCAUCUGCGGGUUUCAGUAAUAAUAUGCACAUGGCACCUAAUCCUCUAAAUCAUCUCAAUGCAGCUCCAACUUUUACUGCUGUGCCACAACCUCAAGUUGGCCUUCCUUCUACUUUACCAAUGCCAGCACUUGCUCAACCCAAACCAUAUAUGAGCCCUAUGUCAGGUUCCACUCCAGCUCCUUCACCGGGCAUAGUUACAUCUUUACAUCCACCUCAGCCACCAAGAGUCCCUAGUUCUGUUUCGGGAAAUGUACCAAAUUUCAGUCCUAUAAAACCACUGACAACUCCAAGUCCUGGUGAUUUCACUUUCCAGCCUCACCGACCACAAAAUCCAACCUUUCAAGCAGUUCCCCAACAAAGCAAUCAGUUUUCAGUUCACAAUGCUCACCCAGCUGGACCAAUGGUGCGACCACAGGUACCAUCUUUGCAGUUGCCUGUGCGACAGAUGACUCCUCAGCCAGGCAAUCAGGUGUUAUCAAGGCCACAGGUUGGUGACCAGAUUAGUCAACCUUCAGCUCAUAUAAAUGCUGUCCAGUUUGCUAGAAAUUCAACUGCCAUUUCAGUUCCUCCCAGACUUGCAACAUUUCCGGACAUCAAUCCUGUUGCACCUAGAACGUCACUCCUGCCAAUGAGACAGGGGAACUUUAAUCAAGCUCACCAAAUGCCCAAUUUGCCCAGUCCUUUGCCUCCAAGGCCACGAGGUCAUAUUCAAAUUCAGCACAGUUAUCCUGCUCAAUUGGCCCCAAAUCAACAGUUCAUCAGCAAUCCAUUUGCAUCUGGUAAGUCGUCUAAUCCUGGAGGACACCAACUUUAUGAUCCAUUCUCGCCCACUUCUGACUCUACAGCAAGGAGGUAAUCCAGCACAGAUGGGAAAGCAGGAGAAUGAUCCAUACUAAUCAAUGUAUUGGAAGCAGAUAGCCUAUAGGAUUUUGUAAAACAGAUAUAGUCUCAGCAUGAAUGUCCCAAACGAGAAUUUAAGUUUUGAAGUGUACACAAAUCAUAUAUUAACGUGUUGUUACUCUUUAGCUGUAAUCUAAAUUCUGGAUGGAUAGAAAUUCGUUUGAACCAUAUUUUUUCA